AUGUCAGGCCGGUGUCAGCACCCAGGCCUGCUCCCCACCAGGCCUGCUCCCCACCAGGCCUGCUCCCCACCAGGCCUGCUCCCCACCAGGCCUGCUCCCAACCAGGCCUGCUCCCCAACAGGAGGUCUGAGGAAGAGGUCUGAGGAAGUGAUUAACCCCACCAGGCCUGCUCUCCACCAGGCCUGCUCCCCACCAGGCCUGCUCCCCACCAGGCCUGCUCCCCACCAGGCCUGCUCCCCACCAGGCCUGCUCCCCACAAGGAGGUCUGAGGAAGUGAUUAACCCCACCAGGCCUGCUCCCGACCAGGCCUGCUCCCCACCAGGCCUGCUCCCCACCAGGAGGUCUGAGGAAGUGAUUAACCCCACCAGGCCUGCUCCCCACCAGGAGGUCUGA